AUGGGGAAGAAGAAGAAAUGUGCUUUGCAGGUCAUCAUGGAAGAUGCUGGAAUAGAGAUUGAUGGACAAGUGGAAAGUGACGCAGAGAGUGAAGAAGAUGAAGUGAAUAAGACACCUAAGAAACGGCCCCCUAGGGAAUCCAGGAGAACAAGCAGGAUUGAAAGGAAAAAACAAGACAAAUACAAAGAAGAAGAAGAAGAGAGCAAAGAGGAAGACAGCUGUAGCCAACAAAAUGAAGUUUCUAGGAGAAAAAACUACCAGAGAGAAAACAGAGAUGGAAAAAAGGCAGGAGGAGGAGGAAGCCGACAGAGAGGAGACAAAGCUCCGACCAAAGAUCAAAAAGAGUCAGAAAACAAAGAAAAGAAAACAAACAAGAAAGGAAAGGAAGGGGAAAACGAAGAGAAGACAGACAGGAAAAACAGUACUUCUUCUGACUCCUCCAGCGAGGAGUCACUGUCAGAGGAAGAGCUUGCAAUGCUGAUGGAGCAAGUGGAGCAAAAGAAAAAACUCAUUUCCACCAUGAGGAACAAGCCCUGGAGGAUGGUGAAGAAGCUUUCAGUCCUCAGGGAGGCUCAAGCUUUUGUAGAGAAGUUUGAAGGAGCUCUGGGAAAAGGGAAGGGCAAAAAGUUGUACGCCUAUAAGAUGAUGAUGGCAAAGAAAUGGGUGAAAUUUAAGAGGGACUUUGACAAUUUUAAAACCCAGUGCAUACCCUGGGAGAUGAAGAUAAAAGAAGUGGAGAGCCACUUUGGCUCCUCAGUCGCUUCCUAUUUCAUAUUCCUGCGGUGGAUGUACGGAGUAAACCUGGUCCUGUUUGGGCUGAUCUUUGGGCUGGUUAUAAUCCCAGAGGUCCUGAUGGGAAUGCCAUAUGGGAGUAUGCCAAGGAAAACUGUACCCCGGGCUGAGCAAGCAACAGCUAUGGAUUUUUCAGUUCUUUGGGACUUUGAGGGCUACAUCAAAUACUCAGCACUCUUUUAUGGCUACUACAACAACCAGAGGACAAUUGGCUGGUUAAAAUACAGGCUACCAAUGGCCUACUUCAUGGUUGGGAUCAGUGUAUUUGGCUACAGCCUGAUGGUUGUGAUCAGAUCCAUGGCACGCAACGCCAACGAGAGCACCGCCGACGGCGACGACGACAACUUCAUCUUCAGCUGGAAGAUGUUCACCAGCUGGGACUACCUCAUUGGCAACCCAGAGACAGCAGACAAUAAAUUUGCAUCCAUCACCACCAGCUUCAAGGAGUCUAUUGUGGAUGAGCAAGAAAGCAACAAGGAUGAGAACAUCCACCUGAGGAGGUUCCUACGGGUUCUGGCCAAUGUCCUCAUCAUAUGCUGCUUGUGUGGCAGUGGCUACCUCAUCUAUUUCGUGGUCAAACGCUCCCAGACCUUUUCCAAAAUGCAAAACGUUGGGUGGUAUGAAAGAAAUGAGGUUGAGAUCGUGAUGUCCUUGCUGGGCAUGUUCUGCCCUCCGCUGUUCGAGACCAUAGCUGCGCUCGAAAAUUACCAUCCCCGCAUCGGGCUGAAGUGGCAGCUGGGGCGCAUCUUUGCUCUCUUCCUUGGGAACCUCUACACGUUCCUCUUGGCCUUGAUGGAUGAUGUCAACGAGAAACUAGCUGAAGAGGAUGUGGUGAAGAACAUCACAUAUUGGACACUGCUUGGCCACCACAACUCGUCCCUGAGGAAUGGCAGCACUGCCACCCCACCUCCCCUUGAUCCUGCAGAUGUGCCCAGGGGACCCUGCUGGGAGACAACUGUUGGCAUUGAGUUUGUAAGGCUGACAGUGUCUGACAUCCUGGUGACCUACAUAACCAUCCUGGUUGGAGACUUCAUCCGAGCUUGCUUCGUCAGAUUCGUGAAUUAUUGUUGGUGCUGGGACCUAGAGGCUGGAUUUCCAUCCUAUGCAGAGUUUGACAUCAGUGGCAAUGUUUUGGGUUUGGUCUUCAACCAAGGGAUGAUUUGGAUGGGCUCCUUCUAUGCCCCAGGCCUCGUGGGCAUCAACGUGCUGCGCUUGCUGACCUCCAUGUACUUCCAGUGCUGGGCUGUGAUGAGCAGCAAUGUUCCUCAUGAACGAGUCUUCAAAGCCUCCAAAUCGAAUAAUUUCUACAUGGGGCUCUUGCUGUUGAUCCUCUUCCUCAGCCUCCUGCCUGUGGCUUACACCAUCAUGUCCUUGCCUCCCUCCUUUGACUGCGGACCCUUCAGUGGGAAGAAAAGGAUGUAUGAAGUCAUACAAGAGACCAUCGAGCUGGAUUUCCCACUCUUUGUUGCCAAGAUCUUCAGCUACGUGGCAAACCCAGGGCUGAUCAUACCUGCAAUUCUGCUCAUGGUCCUUGCCAUCUACUACCUAAACGCUGUGGCCGAAGCCUACCAGCGCGCCAACACCGAGCUGAAGAAGAAGAUGCAGAUGCAACGUGAAGAGGAGAAAAACAAGAGAAAUAACAAAGCCAGCACUAACCCUGUGCUGCAGGAUAUGGAGGAUUUGCUUACAUCAAAUCCAAAGAGGGAAAUUCACCCCAAACAAGCAGAAGACAAGAACACGGAGCCUCCUGGUAGAGCCAGCCCUGGUGGGAAACAAGGCAAACCAGCAGCCCUGGAAGGCAGCCCCAGGACUGGUGGGAGAGGAACAGCACUGUCCCCACCACCACAGAUAUUUGUGACACAGCCACCCAUGCUGGGGGUCCGGGCACCCUACCUGGGCCAGCCGAGGCCCUGGGGGCAGCCGCUGGGAGCAGUCCCUGGAAGGGGCAGAGGGCAGCCAUGGUACUCACAGCCUGCUCCAUAUGCCCCACGAUGA